GCUAUAUGAAGGUCAAAUGCAAGUCAAGCCUUGUCACUUAAACAGCACCAAUCUAUCACACCUGGGUGCCGUCCUUGACGUCGCAGAAAAACUAGACGCGACAUCUUUGUUGAAACCUUUCAAUUGGUAUGUUGGUGAAGACAAGAGUUUAGGUCGACCUCCAUUUACUGUUGUUGUUGAUGUUGUUACUUCACAUGGAUGGUUCAAAGUGAUUGCUCGCAACCCAACUGCACUUCAUGCUGCAUGGAAAGGUACAUCAGAAGUAGAGUGUAUUUAGUGAAAAUUAAAUUAAGGAUUAUUGUCCCUGUGUAACCACGGAGAAGGCUUGGUCGCAUGGCAUGAGAAAGGCUAGUUGAUACAAACUUGACCGAAUUAAAAUCUGUUUUUAGACACAGCUAAAUAAUCUGUUGCUAGAAAAAGUAUGAUAAUCAAUAUAUAUAAUCUUGAUAUCACAAUACUCACCUUGGAAAUUUGGCUCUCAUUCUUCUUACACAUGUUACUGAUUUUCAGGUGAAGGCAAUUUUGGAGAAAAAUCCAUUGAUAAGCAAGCACAGGUAUACAGAAUCAGUAAACUGAUGAUGUUUUGUUACCAUUAUAUUUUUGGGUAAUAUGUGUAAAGUUCUGAUAAAUCAAUAAUUUCCAGGAAUACGUGAGUGCGAGUCAACAAAAUGAAGCGAAUUUUUUGACACCCAAAGUGACUUUUGUUUUUACACAAGGCAUCACUGAGGAUUUGGCAGGUAUUAUUUAGUAUGCUGUGAUAGUAUUAUGUAAUUGCUGCUGUUGCUAUGUUGCCUUUGUUUUUUUAUUGGUGUUGUUGUUGUUGUUGUUGUUGUUGUUGCUGCUGGUAUUGUUUAGUUGUUGUUUUUGUUGCCGGUGUUGUUUAAUUGUUGUUGUUUUCAUUGUUGCUGCUAUUUCUUAUUGUUUGUAUGUUGUUGUUGGUGGUGGUGCUGUUGUUACUGCUGUUGUUGUCGUUGCUGUUAUUUUUGUUGCCUUGUUGUUGCCGCCUCCUUUUUAAAAAGCUGUGCAAUAGGUAAGCUAUUCCAUCUUUAUAUUCGUAAUUUCAGAAUCACACACUAUAUAUUUCAGAAUGCUUACUAAGCUGUGGUGUGUCUCUGCAAUGUGAAAUAUUACCAAAUCCAGGUUGUGAUAACUUGAAAAACGACGACAUUAGCGUGAACAAUCAGCUGGGAGAAACUGUCGUUCCCGAAUGGUAGAUGUGUAUAAUACUGACAUUUGGUUUUAAUUAUGGUUUCACGCAUGCAUCAUGCGUGUCCCUAAAAUUAUACAUUGCAUGUGUUUCUAAAUAGACGUUGUGAUUCGUUAGUAGUGAAAUUGCCAAAUUGGAACGGCAGAGAACAAAAUGACUUACAUUUUUGUAUUCGAGCCAAAGCAUACAUUACUAAGCAAUAGUCAGUGCAUUGAACAUAAACCACCCAAAAACGAUUCUGAACGUUUUAACUGUUGGUGUAUGUAGUUAUGAACCGUGAAAAUGAUGUAAAUAACGUAGCAGUUUGAACAAGGACGCCGUACUAGAAUGCUUAAGAGAAUGCAAAUAAUAGUCGCCUUUGUCUUAUGUUGGCGUUGUAUUUGCCAAACUCACUAAGAAUAUAUUGAUCCUGUUUUAUUUUAUUUUAUAGUAACAAAAUUAAUCUGGACGUGACAGCGAUGAUCGCACUAGUAUCAGCGCUGACCAAUGGCUCUUGCAAUUUUCAGUUUCAGGUAAACUCCCAUUAAACCGCUGAGGGCCAGCACUUUCCACUGGACGAGUUAAACAAUCUGGCUUUUGACAGAGUAAAAUAACAAAGUAGCUAUAGUGCUCGUUAGAGAGCAAUACCACUUUAAGGAUUGACAAGACACAUGAUCAUGGGCAGAUAGGCUAAUUAACCCAUUGAGCGCCAGCAUUUCCCCCCUGACAAGUAAAAUCGUCUGGCUAACUUAGACAGAUUAAAGUAACAAAGUAGGGCGCAUUAGAAGGCUAUGCCAAGUUAAGUGUAACGAUUUGAAAACUGAUCGAUUUAGUGAUUAUUUUUAUGUAUGUAAAUUAUGGUAUUUUUAUGAUGUUCUUUCUAACUCGGAGCUUUAUUCAUUAGGACCAAAUUCUCAGUGAGCAAGCAGAGAGGGAAAGAGAGAAUCCUGUACUUCCACAUCUGAACAAAGUUCUCGAAGGUAACUAGACUAAAACAACAGCUGUUGAAAUUAUAGCAUUGUGUAUCAUAAGAGUAACCUAUCCACUAUUCUCAUUUUCCAGGAAAAGAACUAUUCGCUUGUUCUCUUGCAAUUUCAAGUUUUCAGUCCAUUUUGGAUAUGUUAGGCGGACCAAAUGAAAAAGAACGAGCAAGGUUUGGCAUUUUGAGUGUACUUUGUGAGUCCUAACCGAGGCCCAAAAAGCUGUCAGCUCGUCCUGUCGUCCAUGAGAGCUGAGCUGAAUUACGAAGGACGCAGCUCAACUUUUUAGGAGGAGGAGUUACUAUUUUUAGAUUUUUAGGGUUAGGAUUAGGGUUUGGAUUGGGGAAAGGAUUAGGGUUAAGAUUAGAGUUGGGGUUAAGUUUAAAAUACAAAACAUUACAAAGUCAUAAAAGUCCCUCAAAAAUAGUAACUCCCUCUAAAUCGUGACAGGUAUAAUGGAAGGGUCAGUAUAGGGGCUAAGAUACAUGCAUGGCCAAGAAUGGAUCCUCCACCAUGUCAUCUUCAGCGUAUGAAAAUAUAUCUGCAAGGUGGACAAUUUGUAACGACAACCCAGUUAGGUAACGUUCACUAACUACGCACUCUGGCUAACGUUGGUACCGAAGAAAAAAACAGCUUCAAACUAUGCUGCAAAUCCUACCAGCUUCACUCUGCGUAAUUGUUCCUAGUUUAACACACAAUGGAUACCCACCCUUUCAACAUUCCCUGUAGGAUGAGAGCGGAGAAUACCCACGAUUUUCGGCAGAGCGAUCACUUGACUCUUUUCAUAUGAACGCGCUCGUUCUGACAAUUGCGCCAUGCACCGAAGUGUUUUAAAAAUAUGACUCGAUGAAUGAUAUAUUUUAGACAUCUUCUCAGCAAGGUGACAGAAGUAAGUGAUGAUCCUUCCAAAAGAACACAAGAAUUGUCAUCUAGUGCCAGAAUCAAAACGAGACCGAAGGUAUAUUGAAAGUUAAAAUACUUUAUUUAUUUAUGAACCUUGUAAUAUACUCACUAAGACACUAUUAUGUAUAUUUUUUUCUUCACAUUUGUACAUUUGCUUUUCACUAAAUUACAUUUAACGCUUUUAAUUUUUAUGUAAGUACAUUUAAUUUUAUACUUUCACUUCAGAUUGUAUUUGGAACAGGAGAUAAGUUACAAGCAGUCACGAUAACUUCAAAUGGAUCAUUUGUAAGAGCAGCAAGGGAACAGGUACCCAAUAUAAUUUUAUUUUUCUUUGAAAAUUAGUAACCGCUAUAAUCUAUAUAAUAUUUUUAGUAUGAAAGACAUUAAGGCAUAAGCUAGCCUUUCAUGGCCAUGGAUCUUUGUAGCUCUGUCGUCAAGUGAGAUCAGUAGAUCACAGCUGAACAAAUGCAUGGUCAGCUAAAAUCUUGUGUUUUCUUUUUAAGGGCGUGGAAUUCGCAGUAUUCCUUCAUGAACCGAGAGCUUUAACAGAAAACAAGGAGCAGUUUGCUACUCUAGUUUAGAAAAGAUAUUUUACAUGAAACGUAAUGCAUGAAAAUUAUUUUGGGUAUUAAAAUUUAUUUUGGGUAUUGAAAGAAUUUGUCUGAUUGAACGUUUGAAGGUUUUAAUACCUGGCCAUGCCCUGAGCUACAAAGUCCAGUUGCCGCUAAAAACUAGUCACAAAAUCCAUUUCCAGCGACAGGACAAAACUCACUCCAAAUAGAAGCAUUUCGUGAAAUCAUCCGCAUAUUUAAUUUUGUUAGAUACCAAAUAACCAGAAUUAUAUAUUUGGCUGUGCCGCUGCAUGGAGAUUUAGCAAGAAUACUGAUUUUCCGAUUAAUUCUAAAAUUUCACUCAAAACAUGAUAACAGAGCUCUUUCUCUCUCAAAAUGCCCAAGGAUAACUGACUUCGUCUAACGCCAAAGGAUUUUAUUCUAAACUCUACACACUUAAAAAUUUCACAACUUGGCAACAAGAUGUAUUCGCAACAGGCUUGUAGCAAGCUUGUCAAAAAGUUGUCACAACAUUAUCUUGUUGACAAAUUGUUGAAUUACAGGACGAUAACAAGGUCUUGGAACAACUUGUAACAAGUCUGUUGAGCUCAACAACCUUGCAUCAAGUUGUCAACGGCUUGUCAACAAGCUGGGGAACAAGCAGUGCGAACACAUCCUGUUGACAAGUUGUUGGAACAGCAUUGCCACAAGUCGACUGCUGCAUGCAUGUUUGCCACAAGUUGUGCGUUUUUACGUAUGUACAUCAAGGUCAUACUAGCGAGGUUUAGAUUUGACUUGCGCUACCAUUAAGCGACCAUUAACCAAUCAGAUGUGUUUAAUCUACCAGAUUAACCAAUCACAUGCGUCAGUAAAAGGUAACGGUAGUGAAAUCUAAAAUACAAAACAACGAAAUCUAAACCUCAAUACAAUUAACUUGUCAGGUGUACUGUAUAGUCCGCAGACAGAGAAAGGGUAUAUAAGGAAUUAUAUUAUUCAACAUAUCACACAGAAAUGUAGUAUAACGCAAAUAGUAAAUAGUUUAUAUUCUUAUAUUAUCUUAUUACUGUAUUAUAAAGAACACUCUGAUAUUGACCUUUUUCAAGAAGAUGGCAACGGGUGGUGUCAAGGUAGAUGAUGUGUAUAUUGUACAACAUAGCCUAGAAGCCAUUCGGGAAAAUAACAGCCUGAACAACUUAACAGCACAUGGUCUCUACGCCAUCGUUCGGAAAAAGUAUAUAAUCUAAUGUCUAACUCUCAGUAGCAGUACCAGUAUUCGUGGCAGUCUCACUUGACGCUUUCACAAACAUAAUUCUUUUCUUUGGUGGUUGAAUACCAGUUUGUGUUCUCGAGAGUUGAUCCAACAUGGCCUGUGCCGCAUUACGCUUCGCAACUUUCUUUGAACGACCAAGUCCCGAAGCCUCCAUAUUGUUGACUUUUACCUUCAUAUCAAACCUCUGUAGAGCUGAUGGUCCAUUCUCACAUACAGUAAUAUACUGUGGUUCCCCCAGCUUGUGCUUCUUUACAACAUGAUCUAGCGUAGAAAUAGGGUUAUCCCCUCCGGAUGGCCCCACUGAAAUGGUCUUCUGACCAGCAGCUUGGGGUAACUGAGGUCCAUAGUCUUCCGAUGUGUUUCCAGCCUGACUGGUUUGGCCAGCACUUCCAGUAAAACCAGGCAGUCCCAUAAUGUCAGCUACUUCAUUACCAGAGACUUGGGCUGCAAGUAAUUGGGCUGCGUCCUGUUUUGCAAGUUUUUUCGAUCGACCACUGCCGCUGACUUCGUAAGGUCCCAUGGUAACUUUCAUUGAGAAAACCUUUGCAUGAGCUGGGCCUGUUUCGGAUUCUUCAAACCAAUUCACUGUCCAUCCAUUUUGAUAAGCAAGGUCCUGGACCGUACUGACAGCCGAUUUCCCACCUUGAAGUGGUUUCAUGGAAGUUAUUGGUUGUGGCGGUUUGGCUGCAGUCUUUUUAGCUUGUUUGAAACUUGUCUGAAGCCUGGGGGGCAUAUGUGGUCGUUUUGGGGGUUUCUGGGGGCCAAUAGGAGGCCCAUAUGUUGUUGGAUAGGAGUUUGUAUUUUUGGGAUAUGGUUCAUCCUGUGGCGUGUAAGUGGGUUCAUUGGGUGUGUAUGAUGGGCCUUGCUGUCCAUAGGAGGAGUUUUGCUGGGGAUAGGUAAUCCCUUGUUGGGGAUAGGUUGCACCCUGUGAGUAGGUUUGCCCUUGAGGGUAGGUUUGCCCUUGAGGGUAGGUUUGCCCUUGAGAGUGGGUUGGCCGUUGAGGGUGGGUUGGCCGUUGAGGGUGGGUUGGCCGUUGAGGGUGGGUUGGCCUUUCAUGAUGGGAAGAUGCUUGCUGAUAGGUAGAUGUAUUCUCUGCAUAGUUGGGUGGCGGGGCCUGAUUAUAUGAAGAUGGUGGUGCCUGUGUAUAUGAAGGUGGGGCUGCCUGACUAUAUGAAGGUGUGGAUGCCUGAUUAUGCGAGGGCGGGGGUGCUUGAUUAUUUGGAGUGGAACCAUUUGAAUUAUUAGGUGGAGCAACAUUUGAGUACUGUCCUCCUUGUGCAGUGAUGGGCCCUUGCCCAUAUGAACCAAUUUGUGGGUAUGAGAUUCCACUUAGGGUAUUAGAUUCUCCAUAAGGGUUGUUCCCUUGUCCAUAAGGUGCAUUAUAGGGGUAUUGGUAAGGUGCAGUAUAUGGAUUAUAUGCUGGUACACCAUAUUGACUCUGUGACUGGUUCACAGGUGUAUAGGUUGUUGAAAAUUGGUUGUUAGUUUGCCCAUACUGAGUGUAGGGGGCAUAACCCCCUCCAGUGUACGACAUUGUUGCACCACGGUUAAUGUUCUUGUGGUAGAUAGAUUAUGAAACAGAUCU